AUGAUAGAUAAUAGUGAGAAUCAUGCAAGUGGGUAUGAAAUGUUAAUUGAAAUGCCUAACACUACUAUUAGUAGUAAUAAUAAUAAUGAAGAAAGAAAAUAUUAUGAAAUAUAUGGGAAUAACAAAAUAAAUGAUAAAGAUAUAUAUGAUAAUAGUAAAGACAGAAAUGAGGGAGAAUUCGAAUUUGGAAGCCCAGUAAAUUAUACAAUAGGAAAUAAGAAUUCAUCUGAAAAAUAUUGUUAUAAUAUUAAUGAAAAGAAAAAGAUAGAAACAGAUAUAAAAUAUUGUGGUUAUUUUUUUAUUAGUUUAAUUUUUUUAGUAUUUUUUAUUUUAUAUUAUAUUUAUUAUGGUAAUUAUUCACGUAUAUUAUAUGGGACAAAUUAUAAUGGACAAAUUUGUGGAAAAGAUUUAAAAUCAUUUAAAUAUUUAUAUUAUCCACUAUCUCCAAAAACAUCGAAAUUAGAAAUAUUAAAUAAAUAUCCUAAAUGUUUAGAAUCAUGUCCUACAUCUGAUUUUUCAAAUAAAAACAAAACUGAUGAAGAUAAUUUAUAUGGUGAAAAAAAAAAAAAAAAUUUUUUUGAAGAAAAUUUUUUUUUUCCUUUUAAAAAUAAUGGUGAUAAAAAUAAAGGAAAAAUAAUAGAUAAAAAUGGAAAUAUAGAAACAAGUGUAAUAUAUACUGAUUAUACAAAAGGACCUAAUAAUAAUUUAUAUGUUGAAUAUUUGUUAAAUUCGAAAUAUUAUGAUACUGUUAAUAUUAUGAAUAUAUGUUAUCCUCGAGAUAAAAUGUUAAGAGAAAAAGUUAUAAACGUUGUCUUUACAAAUAGAUAUAAAAUAUUUGUUAAUUUAUUUUCUUUACAUAAUUCAUUUUUUUUUGUUUUUUUAUUUAUAAUUGUAUCUAUAUUAUUAUCUUUUCUAUAUAUAGCUUCUUUAUAUUAUUUCCCUAAAUUUACUUUUUAUAUUUUUAUAAUUUUUUAUCUUAUUUCUAUAUUUUUUAUACCAAUAUAUUUUGUUCAUAAUCAUUUAUAUUUGAUAUUUGAUCCUAUAAAAGGUUCUUUUUUUUCUUAUCAUUAUUUAAUAUCUAUUUUAACAUCUUUUAUAAUGAUUAUACAUGCUGUUAUUUCUUUAAUUAUAUUCUAUAUAUAUAAAAAUACCUAUAAAUAUACAUCAAAAUUGAUAGCUAUUACACUAAAAUUUAUUCAUGACAUUUCUAAUAUUAUAUAUGCACCUAUAAUCAUUUCGUUUGUGUCUAUUUUGUUUUUUUGUGUCUGGAUAUAUCUUUAUGUUCAAAUAAUAACAUCGGGGAUGUCUUAUGACCAAAAGCUGGAUCUCGAUCUCGAUUCAAAUGGAAGUAGCAAAAUUCUAUCCCUCCAAAAAAUGUUUUACUAUUUCAAAAGUUCUUAUCUAUUUUCUAUAUUGUGGGUAUGUAUAUAUUUCUUUAUUUGUGAAAUGUUACAAUCACUUAAUCAAUUUACAAUAUGCCAUUUAGGAACUGUUUGGUAUUUUAGUGAUAAAAAAAAAUCAGAAUGCAACCAAAAUGUAGUAGAAGAAAUGAAGACUAUAAUGAAAUAUCAUUUUGGAACCAUUGUUUUAUCAAGUUUUAUAAAUCUAGCCACUAAGCACUUACGAGUUUUAUUUUUUUGGAUAAAUAAAACCUUAUCUUUACCUUUUUUUUUCAACGAAUUAAUCUAUAAUAUAAAGGAGAGAUUUCAUUUUAUAUUGAAUCCUAUGUCAAAGAUAGUGGAUAUGUAUACAACAUCUGCCUAUUGUGAAAUGUCUAUGACACUAUAUCCAUAUGUGACGUCUUGUCAUAUAUCCUCAAAAAAAUUAACAAACUCAACAUCCCCAGCAGCAGCUUUACAUGGGAUAAGUUAUAUAACAAAUAUAAUAUUCCCUGGAUUUACGACAAUGAUAAUAACUUUUUUCGCAUUCAAUAUAUUCAACAAUUUUCAAACCUAUAACAACAUUUUUUCACCUCGUUAUAUUCCCAACCCAUUUUUUUCUGCACUGGUAAUUGGGAUAAUUUGUGGAAUAAUCACAUCACAUUUCAUAACAAUUAUAUCCACUUUUUCUGAUACAAUUUUAUAUUGUUUUAUAUGUGAAUGUUAUCAAAAACAAAUGAUUGAUGAGAGUCCAUUAAGAAAAACAUUUACUCCAGAUCUUUUACGAGAAUUUAUUUUAGAAAUAUAUGAAGAUUAUAAUUCAAAAUUAUAA